GAGAGUUGUGUCGAGCGUUAGGUUGUGUUGUUUGUGGCCUCAGUUUGUGUGUAGUGUUGGUUGAGUGCAGUCAUGACUAUUAUAGUGUUUCUGAUCGACACUUCGGGCUCAAUGAACGCGAGGACACACUUCGGCGCCAGACCUUCGCUGCUCGAUGUGGCCAAAGACGCCGUCGAAAAGUUUCUCAAAUUCCGGCAAAGAGAUAUUGCCAGCCGUGGCGACCGAUACAUGCUAUUGACGUUUGAGGACUCGCCAAACAAUGUCAAAGCCGGCUGGAAGGAGAGUCACGUGGUGUUCAUGAAUGAGCUGAAGAACCUGACGGCCACCGGAAUGACGACAAUGGGUCCGGCGCUGAAGAACGCUUUCGAUCUGUUGAACAUUAACCGAAUGCAGACCGGAAUCGAUACGUACGGUCAGGGGAGGUGUCCCUUCUUUCUGGAGCCCAGCGUUAUUAUAGUGAUCACAGACGGCGGGCGUCUGACUAAUGUGUCCGGCAUUUGCGAGGAACUUAAUUUGCCGAUGCAUUCGGCGGUUCCCGGCUCUGAGCUGACCAAAGAGCCCUUCCGAUGGGAUCAGCGCCUGUUCUCCAUUGUCCUCCGACUCACGGGAACGUAUAACUCGCCCAACGAUAACAUCAAUUCGCUUAACAAUAACUUCGCUGUGCCUUCGGAUGAGUCGCCCAUCGAUGCCAUGUGUGAUGUGACGGGAGGCCGUUCCUAUUGUGUGACAUCGCAGCGGACACUGAUGGCCAGCAUUGAUCAAUUGAUUCAACGAAUACACGGCGGUGUUGUCAUAAACUUUGAAAAGGUUGGUCCCGACCCACCCGUCAUUAUACCCAAUGAUGAGGAGGUGGUGCUAAUGACCAACACUUGUGAUUCACUUAAUGGACUCAAUAAUAAUGUUAAUAAUAGUAAUGUAAAUAAGACUGCAAUCAAUUGUAAUUUAAGUAACAAUACAAACAAUAACACCACAAAUGAGAUAAAUGGCAAGUCGUGGCACUCGACCCGCAAAUUGAUUUACGUGCAACGUUCGGCCCAAAAGGGCUAUUCUGUGGGCCACUGGCCGAUACCCGAAUCGUUUUGGCCCGAUCUUAGUUGUCCGACAUUACAGCCCCGAACCGCUCAUCCAUUAGUGAAGUUCACGUGCACUGACUCCGAGCCGGCGGUCAUCGAGAACCUGCCCUUCGAUAAGUACGAGUUAGAGCCGAGUCCGUUGACCGCAUUCAUACUGUCCCGCAAACAGCCGCACAUCGCGUGGCAGGUGUUUGUGGCCAACAGUCAUAAGAGCAGUGAACUCGGCCUACCGUUCGGC